GGCCCGUAGGACGUCCGUGUACUGCCACAGAGAGAGAGUGAGAGUAGCCAAAGGGACAGAGAGAGUGAAGAGAGCGAGAGGGAAGAAGAUUACCCAAGGCCAAUUUGAAAGCUUUCAGCUGGUCACUCGGAGCAGCUGCAACCCAGAAGACCAUCACUAUAAAGGAUCAACUCAGGUGCUCUCAGGGUGCAGCGUCAGAGAGAGACUGGCAACAAGAGAACAAAGUACUCACAGAAAAAGGUGUGUGUGGACAGGAGUGGUGAGGUUUCAUCCCAGCAUGCCUCUGGCACAGCAGCAUCACAGGGCCACUGUGCCCACAGCAGGCUGGAUCCUGGCUUUAGCGCUGUUUCUUGCUCUACAGGGUGCCGCUUAUGCUGCUCCAUCAGGAGACAACAAGCUGGUUCGUACCACCAGAGUGAGGAGACAGACCCCAGGGGGGGAUCAGCCCCCCUCUGCUUCCUCAGCCAACCAGACACUGCGGGAGCAACCUGUAGUCUUUAACCACGUCUACAACAUCAAUGUACCAUUGGAGUCUCUGUGCUCUGUUGACCUGGACGCCUCUGCACCACCUAACCCAGGUGAUGGUUCCCGUGCUGAAUUGGGGUCUGGCCCUUCUAUGGAGGGUCCGAUGGAUCCAAGCGGACCAACAGAAUACACUGAGCAGACGCUGGACGCUGACAGCCAAGUAACAUUCACUCACCGCAUCAACAUCCCAAAAGCUGCAUGUGGUUGUCCGGGAAUAACCACGAUCCAGCAGCUUGCCACCAGAGUGGAGAUGCUGGAGAGAGAAGUUUCCCUGCUCAGAGCUCAGUGCGGAUCUGGAUGCUGUGGCGAGAGCUCAGCCAUGGGUCGUUUGGACUUUGUCCCAGGCUGCAGCGGCCAUGGCAGCUUCAGCUUUGACCUGUGUGGCUGCAUCUGUGAGGAAGGUUGGACCGGCAAAAACUGCUCUGAGCCUCGCUGCCCGGAUGACUGCUCCGGCCAGGGGGUAUGUGUGGAAGGGGAGUGUGUGUGUGACCGUGACUUUGGAGGCGACAACUGUUCAGAGCCGCGGUGCCCUUCAGACUGCUCGGGUCGCGGGUUGUGUAUCGACGGGGAGUGUGUGUGCGAGGAGUCCUUCACUGGCGAUGACUGCAUGGUCGGGAGGUGUCUCAAUGACUGCUCGGACCAGGGGCUGUGCAUCAACGGGACGUGCCAGUGCCGGCCCGGGUAUGUGGGAGAGGACUGCUCGCUGGUCUACUGUGCCAACAACUGCAGCAAGAAGGGAGUCUGCAAGGAUGGAUUCUGUUCCUGCCAGGAUGGCUUUGCAGGAGAUGACUGCAACUCCGUGGCACCAGCCAUGAACCUGAAGGUACGAGGUGUGACGGAUCGCACUAUUGACCUUGAGUGGGAGGGGUCAGUUGUGCUGACAGAUUUCUUAAUCACCUACACACCAAGCAGCGCCGGCGGUGUGCAACUAGAGAUAAGGAUUCCAGGCAACAUCACCACCUGCACUAUCUCAGGCCUGGAGGCAGGCAUAGAGUACAACAUCAAUGUGUUCGCUGUCAUUAACAACAGUAUCAGCGUUCCUGCCAGCAUCACCGUUUCGACCUAUCUCUCCAAUCCAGAUGGUUUAGUCUUCAAAUCCAUCACAGAGACGUCAGUGGAGGUCCAGUGGCAACCAUUCUACUAUUCCUUCGAUGGAUGGGAGAUCAGCUUCAUCCCCAAGGACAAUGAUGGAGGGAUGACUGCCCAGCUGCCCAGCACCAUCACUUCCUUUGUGCAGACUGGUUUGAGACCUGGGGAGGAAUACACUGUUAACCUGGUGGCACUCCGAGACCAGGGUCGAAGCCAGCCAGUCACUGCUACUCUCACAACAUUGAUUGAUGGCCCCACACAGCUGAUUGUGCGGGAUGUGUCAGACACCGUAGCGUUUGUGGAGUGGACAGCACCAAAAGCAAAGAUUGAUCAGAUCGUGUUGCGUUAUGGCCUGGUGGGCGGAGAAGGUCCUCGGACCACCUUCCGCCUCCAGCCCACACUCAGCCAGUACUCCCUGCAGGUUUUGCGUCCUGGCUCGCGUUAUGAAGUGUCUGUGAGCGGUGUGAGGAAAGGAAAUGAGAGCGGAUCUAUUUCCACUGAAUUUACUACCGCUUUAUCGUUCUUCUCAGAGAUCGAUGCCCCCAAGAACCUGCGGCUCGUGUCCAAGACCUCCACCACCCUGGAGCUUGAAUGGGAUAACAGUGAGGCUGAGGUGGAGGGCUACCAGGUGGUGUACAGCACUUUAGCAGGAGACCUGUAUGAUAAAGUCAUUGUACCACGCAAUGAGGGAGCCACCACUAAGACCACUCUCACAGACCUGCUGCCAGGCACAGAGUACGGAAUCGGCAUUUCUGCCAUGAAAGGUAGCAACCAGAGCACACCGGCAACAAUGAACGCCAGGACAGGUCUGGAUGUGCCCAUGGAUCUAACUGUGACGGCUUCGACAGACAACACCAUCACUCUGGUGUGGGGCGUGGUCCAGGGCCCCAUUGACCAUUACAAGGUUACCUACACAUCCUCCUCUGGCGUCACUACAGAGCUGACGGUGCCUAAAGAUGUAACCACCACCACUCUGACGGACCUUGAGCCUGGGACUGAGUACACCAUCACUGUAGCAGCAAGAAGAGGAAGACAACAGAGCACUGCAGCUACCAUAGAUGCCUUCACAGGAAUCAGGCCUGUAACCCACCUCUACUUGUCAGAGGUGACGUCAGACUCUGUGUCAGUAGCAUGGAGCGCCCCAGCACCACCUGCUGACCUCUUCAUCCUGAGCUACAGCUCUGCUGACGGGACCGACACCUCUAAGGUGACGCUUGACGGCUCCAAGACGAGGUCACUGGUCCAAGGCCUGCUGCCGUCCACUCCGUACACCAUCAGUCUAAUCACUAUACAGGGGGAUGUUACCUCUGAGCCCAUCACAGCAUCACUCACUACAGGCAUGGACCCACCAAAGGAGAUGACAGUGUCAGACGUGACAGAAGACGCAGUGACUAUCUCUUGGAUCAAACCACUGGCUCCAUUUGAAUACUAUAAGCUGUCCUACCAGUCAGCCAGAGGUCGAGUGGACAGCGUGGUGAUUGACAGCGAUGUGACCAACUACACCUUGUCCAGCCUGUUUCCUGCAACAGAAUAUGAGAUCAGCCUCAACGCUGUCAGAGGGAGUCAGGAGAGCAAAGUGGUCAGCACCUCCGUGUUCACAGCUAUGGACAUGCCAGCUGAGUUGACGGCUCUCAACAUCACUCCACAAGGAGCCCUGCUGAGGUGGAAUCCCCCCGUUUCCAGUGUCGACAACUACGUGCUGACUCUCACACACAACCAGGUGACAGCUGAUACUUUCCUUGUUGAUGGCAACAAGCAGGAGCACCAGCUGUCCAACCUCAAGCCAAGCACCACCUACUCUGUGGCCCUCUACGCCACCAAAGGACCCCUCACCAGCGGCACCGUCAUCACCAACCUCCAAACACCCAUGGACGCACCCCUGAAUCUGACAGCCAGUGAAGUGAAUCACCGCAGCGCUCUCAUCUCCUGGCAACCGCCAAUCGCAGAAAUUGACAACUACAUGCUCACCUACAAGUCGACUGACGGCACCCGAAAAGAGCUGAUCCUAGAUGCAGAGGACACAUGGAUUCGACUGGAGGGACUGGCUGAGACCACAGAGUACACUGUCAAGCUCCAGGCUGCAAGAGGACUUGACACCAGCGCUGUAGUCUCCACUACCUUCACUACAGGGAGUCGUCUAUUUGCAACACCUCAGAAUUGUGCCCAACACCUGCUAAAUGGAGAGACUCUGAGCGGCGUCUACACCAUUUACAUCAACAGAGACCCCAGCCAGGGUGUGCAGGUGUACUGUGACAUGACCACUGAUGAAGGAGGCUGGAUUGUAUUCCAGCGUCGUCAGAACGGCCUGACAGACUUUUCCAGGAAGUGGAGUGACUAUCGAGUGGGCUUUGGAAACCUGGAGGAUGAAUUCUGGCUUGGUCUGGACAACAUCCAGAAGAUUGCUGCUCAGGGCCGUUAUGAGCUGAGAAUUGACAUGAAGGACGGACAGGAGUCGGUGUACGCCAAUUAUGAUAAAUUCUCCAUUGGGGAUGCGAGAAACCUCUACAAGCUCAGGAUAGGAGAGUACAAUGGCACCGCUGGUGACUCUCUGAGCUACCACCAGGGCCGGCCCUUUUCUACAAAAGACAGAGACAAUGACAUCGCUGUCACUAACUGUGCCUUGUCUUACAAAGGAGCCUGGUGGUACAAGAACUGCCACCGGGCCAACCUCAACGGCAAAUACGGCGAGUCCAGACACAGUCAGGGUAUUAACUGGUACCACUGGAAAGGCCACGAGUUCUCUAUUCCUUUCGUGGAGAUGAAGAUGAGGCCGUUCAACUUCCGUAGCAUCAGCAGCAAGAGGAGGCGGUCUGCCCCUGUAUAAACAAACCGCCUCCGCGCAGCCCAGAGUGGCGGAUAAAUGGAGUUCGGACGAUGUUUGGUGAUGGACUCUCUCACUGAUGUGCUUUUUUUAAUGCCUUUUAGUGAGGCUGCAAAGGGAAAAAAAAGGGGGGUUAUGACAUAAAGCUACUAAUAUUUUAUUAAUAUUCAGUUGUAAAAUAAUAAAACACAUUAUUAUUAAUAUACUAUUAACAGUCAGAAACUGAUAUACCCAUGGAAGAGAUCACGUAAUAGCAGAGCUGGUGAAACAUCGUCCAAACUCUGUUUACCUCUGCUCCUGCUCAGCUUUAGCUGUUUUUUCCCUGCUGUACUUCUACCCAGAUGAUAGAGGACACUGUAUGUAAUUUAUUAAAUACUUUGAAUGACAAUGGUUCUAUUUGCUGUAAAAAAAAAAGAACAAAAAAAAAAAACGGAAAGGCAAACCAAGAAGCUUCUUUUUUCUUUAAGUGUGUGAUUUGCCUUUCCCUGGGAUGCGAGGAAAUGUGCUCAGAAAUGCCCUCAAGAGUGCAAGAGCUAGCGUUAUUUUAACCGUUACGAAAUAAUAACACUUUUAACGAAAAAUAUACUGUAUAUGCCCUUAAACCCCUUAACUGUAAGAUAUAUAUAUUUUUAUAACUGAUAUUGUGACAAAAGUCCAUCUGUUUAAUAUGAUUUGAUGCCUCGGUUUUUGAGCCUACAUUACGUUAAUCAUUGAUGACAAUUACUGGAGAUAAAAAUGAACAUCAAAAAGCUUAACAUCUAGAAUCAUAACUCACAAAGCAGUGCACCAGCAACAGCUUCAUUACCAUCUAUUCUAUUUAUUUUAUUUCUAUGUGUUACUGUUAAUUACAAUAUCCUUUGUGUUAAUUGUUGAAGCUAAAUGAAAAUCACCAACAUUAAACUUUAUUGUUAUUGGUAGCCACACUGAGACAGUAUUUGCACUACGAGUGGGAACACAGCAAAGCUAUUGUUUAAUCAAUUCAAAUGAUUUCUCGAGUUGUUCGGGGGCAUAUAAUAUUAUUUCCUGGACAUUAUUUUCAAGCAAAUUACAGACGCUAAAUAUCUGUUUCACCCCUGUUAUAGAUUCUGUGAUUGCUUGCAGAGAUGGUGCUGAUAGAUGUAACAUUUAACCAAAGAUCUGCAUAAUAAAGACUCGGCCUGCUGUUUGGAAAGAUGCCAGUCGGUUCUGUCACCAAAGUCACUGAAGCAGCUUUUUCCUCCAUUAAUAGAUUCUCAUUUUUCAGGGACCUUUAUGGUAAUCAUGUCCCCUGGCAAUAUUUUAUGCAAUGUGAACACUAAAUUCUAUGCAGAGGAAAGUCAGGGGUGGGCAUAGUGCAGAUUUUAGCCUGGCCUCCCCCCACUGCUAGCUGAAAUGAACUUAACAAAGAAAGCAGAACAGUAGGUGGAGUGGAGCCAAGUCUUUCUUCUGUGCCCUUCUUUUACUUGCUUCGCUAUUUAAUCUCCCCAGUGAAACAACAAAAUCAGCAAACAUGGCAGAGAAUGUAUUCUUUUAGGCAUAAUCUGCAGCAUGCCCACCAAGCAUUUAGUUCUGUUCAGUGUUCACACUGUUGCACAAAGCGUUGAGUGCCAAUGUGCUUAGUUGACUGCGGUUUUCUGGGAAUGGUUUUGUUUUAGUUUCCUGCCUCCUCUGUUGGAGGAAAAUUAUCUCUGUGGAGUUUAAAGACAAAAACCAACAAAACUGGUUUGUUCCUCUCUGGCUUCAUACUAUCAAUAAAAACGUUUUUGGUUUUUUUUGUCCAGUACAAUCCUUGUAAAAUCAGUGUCGCCAUCACUGCAAGCAACAUUUGGUCUCAUAUAUAUUCAAUAAUCCAAAUAUUACCAGCUGGAAAUCUCAUUCUUAUGUACUUCUGUCAGUUUCUUCAAUUCAGUUAUCUCACUGAAGCAAACCAGCUAAUCUGGCUUGUGUCAUGUGACUGUGAAUAUUUUUCAUUUGUGUUUUUUGUCCUUUUGACUUGAAAACAAUGGUGACUCCCCCCUCUAUAAACUACUACUAAUAUACUCACGUAGAUAUAGAGUUGACGCUAAUGUGACUUUUGAUGUGUUCCCCCUUUAGAUGCAAAGUAAAUCAGAAAGAACCUUUCCCCUUUAACUGCUGUAUUUUUAACCAUUGUUGUGUUUAAGGAUGGAUGGAGCCUACUGCAUGUUGACUAAAUUGCAAUCAAGAGCCUGAUAGUAAAUAACAAGUGUCAUAAGAAUAUGUUUUUGUUUGAUUUGUAGUGACAUAUUUCUUUGCUUAUCUGGGCAAAAGGCGCUCUUGAAAUGGUUUGUAAGGAAGAAGAUGUAGAUAACUUAGACUAUCAGCUGCUGUGGAAAAACAAAAACACGACCGAAGAUAUAAUUUAUAACAAACCAUUCCAACACGUAACCUUUCCCAGGUCUGAUUUAUGUUUCAGUGUCAAAGUGACUGUUUCAGAGCCUCACAUGCAAUCCAUCUCCCAUAGUGAUUUAUAAUAGAGUAGGGAAUUCUCUGUGUACUUAUUUCAUUAACUACUUAGAUAAAGUUUGCCUCAGUGCAUUUUUGUAUAAGGAACAAAGGUCAUGAAGCUUUGCAGGAAAGGACCAGAAUGUUAUUUGUAUUGUGAGGGAUUUAUUUCUCUCAUGGCAAACUAUGAGGUGCUCUUAAAUCUUUCAAGAGAAACGCUAAUAUAUAUAUAUUAAGCUUAUUUUACAUAAUUUUCCAACCAUCCUGCAUCAGUUUAAGCUUUUUCUGUCAAUGAGAAAACCACAAAAAGUAAAUUUUAUUUUCAAGUUGUCCUGUUGUAGAAAAGCCUCUGCCCUGUCUUUUAUUUUAGGUUGAUCAUCUAUUUAUAUGAUGAUUUUAUGUGUUUUUUUGUUUUUAUUUUUCCAUUUCCAUUUAUUAAAAAAGUUAAAAAGUCUAUUGCUCGGGACAGACAAUACAUUACACAUAUUAGUGUAAUUACAGGCUUGGUAAUAUUACUCUUAAUUGAACGUUUUUUUCGGGAAACAUCAUUUGAAGUUGAGCAUCGGUCUUGUCAUGGAAACAGCAUGCCUGAAAUUACAAAGACAGAAAAGCUCUAAUUAUUUUCUUGAUAUCAUGCAUAACUUGAUGUGGUUCCCUCCAGCAUCAAGUAAGAGCCACUAGUUUGUUUUCCUCAUUGCAAUUAUCUUUGGAGGAGAGGCAGAUGUUAAAUUGGCAUUUUGUUUGUACUUCAUCAUGUAUAAUUUCAUCUCUUCAAUCUACUGUAUAACAUCAGGUUUGAAAAGAAACAUCCCCUCUAUGAUUCAAACUUAUAACUCAGUCUCAGUCACUGGAAUACACUGGAUCACUGUUUGUUUCUCCUGAGAGGAAACCUGUUCCCCUUAUUCAUUUCACUACUAUUUAUUGUCCAAUUAAUCUGCAAGAAAUUACAGUUAAUAACGACAAAAAGUAUCAAAAAGUAAAAUGCUUUAUUUCAUUGGUUUGUUUUACAAGUGACCUGACUGAUAUAACCAUCAUGUUUGGUGGUGGUUGUUAUAUAAGCCAGAUACUGUAACUGCAUUGAUUUGCCAUGGAAAUGUAAAUGUUGACAAAAUGUGAUCUUGACUGUUUGAAAAGCUCAUAUAUGCUGAAACUAAGAAUUUAUUGUUGGAUAACCUUGGAUAUUACUGUCAAAUUUAGCUCUAGUUUGACUUAAACAUGUACUAUAUAGUUCCUUUUUUAAUACAUUUUCUACAUAUUAAUAAAACAUUCAAAUAGUCUGA